CAGCCUCCACACACACAGACACCCACACACAGGACCUCCACAGACACCUUUCGGACUGUGUAAACAUCACUGCAACUUUCGCACCUCAAAACUUUAUUCACAGUCAAUGAGGUCGAUGGCUUCUUUCACCUGCAAGAUGCUGACUUUGUUCAUCAUCUGCACGGCUCUGCAAGAAGGUUGUGGACUCCCCUUAUCAGAGCAGCCAGAGCAGCCAGCUAAGGCUCCGCAUCCACACCGUAUCAGGACCAAACGCUGCUCCUGUAACAACUGGGAUGAUAAAGAAUGCAUCUACUUCUGCCACCUGGAUAUUAUCUGGGUUAACACACCAAGUAAGGUCCUUCCUUAUGGCCUGGGUAGCUCCCCUUCUCGCCGCCGCCGGUCAGCCAACCGUUGCGAAUGCCGCAAUGCAGCCGAUAAAACCUGCCAAGGUUUCUGCCAUAAAAGCUCAGAGGACCUCAGGACUGAUGUUGCAAAGCCCUUGAUUCAAUCUGCAAGCGUGAAGAGCAACAAACUGCUGGCGUCUUUCAGAGCAUUGAUCCAGACUAACACGGCAAUGGCAAAAGAUGUUCUGUCAUCAAGAAAAAGCUCUUCUGGAGUCAGAAAAUUAAAGAGCAGAACAAGGAGGUAGAGGGCUGAAGGAAGAGCUUAGCCGCUCGACCUACAAGGACUACAAGCUCCUGCCUUCAAUUCAACACAUAGCUUUUAAAAUGUGUCAAGAAAAGGCGGAAAAAUGGAAGGCAACGCAUGCAGUGGACCAAGCAUUCGAUCAACAAUGCAGCAAAGAAAGGCGGCUCCCCGAGACGGCCGUACAGCAGGAACACUGUUGGGUGGAGAUGUGAAGUUGUUGCUCUCUCUGAACUUUUAUAAGGUUAAAACAAACAAAGCAAAGCACACAGACUAGAAGAGGAACGCAUCAAGAAAGGUCACGCUGCCCAACUGUUGAUUGAAUUUGACUGUGAAUGUCUGUUUGAACACUUCUAAAUCUACAGCUCGCCUCCAGAAGAGCACAGGAUUGUUAUUCCGCAGUCACAUCAGAAAUUAUUGUGUCCACGUCUUUUCAAAUGGCACUGAAACUAUUUUUUUUUUUUUAUUAUUGUUGUUCUUUGAGUUGGUUUAAUAUCCCUCUGUAUCAGAGCUGGAAUCUGCUGUCCUGCUUAGGGCAUAGCUUUUUAAUAAUCAGGUAGUACUUGAAAAUAUCAGCUUUUUCACUUUCAGCACACAUCGCCGCUAUGACAUGAAGGUCAUCUCUUUGGGAUUUACAGUUAGCUUUAUACGAGGGCUGCUGUCAGUGCCUCUGCACACACAUAUACAGUAUACUUUGUGUUUGUGUGACAACAGCAGCGCCAUAGAGCUAUAGUCUUGGCUGCAUAGGUCUGAUUUACUGUUGAUUGAAGAUGAGCCAGGAGAUUUCAAUGAUGUGCAGCUUGCCCAAAAAAAAAACUAGUAUUUUUCUCCUCUGACAAAUAUUCACUGAAUUCCUCUGUAAUAAGCCAGAAAGAAACUAUAACUGUUAACACAAUGCACUUCCAAACAUGCACUAUCACCUGUGGCCUCUAUUUUUUUUUCCCCGUGCAAUGAAGCCAGUCACUCCAUCUGCCCUGAUGGACACGUGGAGACUCAGAAAUUACAAUCUCAAUGCUGUAUAUGGUGAAUAGCUCACCAGCUUUAGGUUUACUGUUGAUGCAAAAUGAUAGCAACAAUUAUAAAUGGAAAACCUUAUUUAUUCUAUAAUUUAUUCAAGGAUGUAUUUAUAUUUCUACGACUAUGCUGAAUUUUGUAUGAGAAAAUA